CUUCAUAUGUGUAGCAAAGUUUCUUAUAGAAAUUAUAUACAUAUAGCUAGCAAGAUGAGAAUGUUGCUACUCUUCUUUCUUGCCACAGUUGUGGUAUCAUCGUCCCAAGGAUCAGACCUAGGUCUAUCUUACCAUAUUCACCUUCUCAGGCCACAAUCCGGUAACAAAGUUCCUGGAUUAUCAUGCCUAAGUUGGCGACUCGGGGUCGAAACUCGCAAUAUCAUUGGCUGGACUACGGUUCCAAAAGAGUGUGAAGGGUAUGUAGGUCACUACAUGCUAGGCUACCAGUACAGAGAAGACUCCAAAGUGGUUACUAAUCAGGCUAUUGUCUAUGCUCAGAGCCUCAAACUCAAGGGAGAUGGCAAGGAUUUGUGGGUCUUUGACAUAGAUGAGACUACACUCUCUAAUCUACCUUACUAUGCUGAGCAUGGAUUUGGGGUCCAGCCAUAUAAUUCUACGUUAUUCAACCAAUGGGUCAUUACAGCCAAAGCACCAGCAUUGCCGGAGAGUAUGAAGUUGUACAAAACACUGCUAUCUCUUGGGAUUAAGGUUGUAUUCCUAACAGGAAGAUCAGAAGAACAAAGAACUGUCACAACAAAUAAUCUAAAUCAUGUUGGAUUCCACACUUGGGAGAAGCUCAUACUCAAGGCCUCAUCUUAUAAAGGAAAAACAGCUGUGGAGUACAAAUCGACUGAGAGGAAGAAGCUUGAGAAAAAUGGGUACAGAAUCAUUGGGAACAUUGGUGACCAGUGGAGCGAUCUCAUGGGUACUCCAACUGGCAAUCGGACUUUCAAGCUACCCGAUCCAAUGUACUAUAUUACUUGAAUGUUGGACUAUAUAUGAUUUAGGAAAUAAAAUGCUAAGUGCUAAAAACCAACUUAUUGGGAUGUAAAACCAUGCUUAAAAUUUUUUGAAUUAGUUUGAGCUGUCCGUCACUCUGUUUUGUAAUCUUUUUCUCUUAAUAAAGAUUUGCAGUUCAU